AUGACACCACCCAUUCAAUCUACACCUUCAACACCACAAACCAUUAGAAUGAAUAGUAAUAAUAGUAAUAGUAAUAGUAAUUUAAAUGUAUCUAAUACAACAACAACAACGACAACGACGACAACAACAACAGUAAAUACAAAUACAAAUACACCAACAUUACAGACAUCUGCAUCUACUAUAACAAGAUCAGUUGCAUUCCCUUCGACCGAUUACACUACGAACAAUAACAUCUCGACCAUUACCAAUAUCGUUUUGGAAACAGAGAGAUUCAUUAAGGAAUGCGAUAAUCUGAAUAUCUCUAUUCCAAAGGAUAACACCAAUAAUGAUAAUAUGAAGAAUUAUAUCGAUAGACAACAACAAUAUUUAUUGGAACAACAGCAAUUACUACAACAAAAACAGAAUAUUGGUAUAGAUCAUGAUGAUGAUGAUGAUGAUAAUGCACCAGUGGAUACUAGCAGUGUAGGCAAUGAAUCAAGUGCACAACAACCAUCGAUACCUGCAAUCGUCGAUGGAUUAGACUUACUGUUGGCAACACUCUACAGUUCACUUCGUUACUGUCAGUACCCACAAACCAAAGUCAAGUGUGUCGGCUCGCUCUUUGUUAAAUUCGCUCAGCAUCUCGACGAUGAAUGUAGACUUCAAAAGAUUGUACCAUAUAUAAUGAGCAUGAUAUCACAGGAUCAACCAACUCUAGUUCGUGUAGAAGCAUUACGAUCUCUUUCUAAAGUUUUGGAAAUGGUACAAACAUUCCCGCCCAGUGAUUCAUUUAUAUUCUCUCAAUAUAUAUUGCCAUCUUUAUCACAGUUGACAGAGAGUACAUCGGAGGAGAUCGAUCGUAUUGCUUUCGCAGAGAUCCUACCACAGCUUGCAACAACAGCAAAGAGAUUCCUCGAGAUUGCACAACAUUAUCGUGACUCUGAAGGAAUGGAGAGAAAAGAUCUACAGAAAUAUAAAGUGUACGAUGCUGAGCUAUCUGAACUACAAGAUCUUUUCUACUCAAAAGUUAACGAUCUAUUAACAAAGGAUUCAUGUAAUACUGUAAAAAGAAUAAUUUUAUCUGAUAUAUAUAGACUAUGUGUAUUCUUUGGUAGACAAAAGACAAAUGAUUUAGUGUUACCUUUGAUUACAACAUUUUUAAAUAGUAAAGAUUGGCAGUUGCGAUGUGCAUUCUUUGAGAAUAUUGUUGCGGUUUGUACUGUUGUCGGUGCCGGUAGUCUGGAGUCGUUCAUCUAUCCAAUGACGUUGGAAGCUUUGACAGACGAAGAGGAGUUUGUCACUGAGAAAGCACUGGCGAGUCUGUCAGAGUUGUGUGAGUUGGGACUGUUUAGAAAAGCGAUACUUUUGCAGCUGCUGGCUAGAGCAUCGCCACUGCUACUGCAUCCAAACACCUGGAUUCGAUAUGGUGUCAUCUCGCUGAUUACCAAGAUUAGUUCGCGUCUCUCCAAGACCGAUUUCUACUGCUACGUGAAGCCGAGAAUCUCGCCGUUCCUCGUUGCCGACAUCAACGACCAACUUACUGAAGCCAACCUACUCCAACUCUUGAUUCCGGCAAUCUCACGCGAUGCAUUCAAAAAGAUGGUGAAUCCACUCAAUCGGAGAUUAUUCCCAUUGGUUCCACCACCUCAGAUCGUUGACUUGGCGCCUUCAUUGGGGUCGUCGACGUCGUCUUUGGGAGCAUCGUCUGGCGGCGGUAGUAACAAAAAACUACGUGACAUCUCUUCGAAUCUUGGAAAGCAACAGAGCAACUAUGAUUCCACCGAUGAAUACACCCACUUUUUGAAUGAUUUGGGUAUUCCUGAGGUCGACCAACCAAAGAUUCUCAAGAUCUUUGACUAUUUCCUUCACAAGAAACCCUACAAGCAAGACGACGAAGCGAAUCAACAGGAAAGACAGAAUGCUCCUAUUGUUCGUGUUGCGAAACUACGUGCGCCAAACGAUAUGAUUCCACCUGCAUCUGGCGCGCCACCAAUGUCGGCAACAGGCACAACCUCCACGCAAAAGGCAUCGGGUAAUAAUGGCCCUGCCAUAGAAACACUUGUCAAUCCGGCAGAUCUGAAUAUUGUCAAUAAGAAAUUCGUAUUGAAUCCAAAAGAUCACAACGUUAGCUUCUCUCUCAACAAUGUACUGUCGGUGGAGACCACCACCGAUUGCUUCAUACGACCGCCACCUGCCAUCCCCGACCUCGGUGGAUUCUCAGAGUAUGGAAUUCAAGGUCAGCAACAAGUCAUUAGUCAGUGGCGUCCAACCGGUAUCUUGGUAUCACACUUUAUCGAGCAUCGCGAUGCCGUCAAUGAAAUACAGGUGAGCAAUGACAACCUGUUCUUUGCAACCGCUUCCAACGAUGGAACGGUAAAGAUCUGGGAUUGUUUGCGUAUGGAGAAGCGUGUCACUAAUCGUGCGCGUCAGACCUAUGUCCACGAGGGUAGAGUCACAUCGAUCUCGAUCUGUGAGAAAUCACACACGAUUGCAGCGGCCAGCGACAAAGGUUCGAUUCACAUCUUCCGUGUUGAGAUUGGUGGUCGACAAAAGAAUGAGAAUAUCAAAUACUCUGGACUGUCGACUGUUCGAAACAUAUCGGAUUGCGAAGGCAAUAUCUUGGCGGUCGAUCAUUACAAUACAAAUUCAGCAUCGAUUGUAACCUAUGCAACUAGCAAGGGUGGUAUUCACGGUUGGGAUCUUCGUUCGAAACAAGAGGCGUUCCUCUUGAACAACGAGCUAAGCUUGGGUCUGGUACAAUCGUUCCUGAUCGAUCCCGCUAGAAAUUGGCUGGUAACAUGUACCAGCAGAGGAUAUCUUACCUGUUGGGAUCUGAGAUUCAAGAUUCCGCUGUACAGUCAUCGUAUCACCAACGGGCGAAUCUUCAAGAUGUCGCCAUACUACGGAACCAGAUUCACCAGUGAAAGUUGGAUAUUCUUGGCGUCGGACAGCAAGGACAAUGUCAUCGUUUGGGAUCUGGCAUCAAAGAAUAUCACUAGAAUCUUCAGACGUUCUUAUGCACCAGAGAUUAACAAUCCUGUUGUCGUCGACCAAUCGUCGUUCCAACAACAACAAUCAUCUUCUGUCAUCAAUCAAAUGUCACAGUCUACUUUUAUCAAUCCACUAUCGACCUCUGUACUUACACCAUCGCCAACUUCGUCGAAUGCCACACUCUCUGAAUACGACUUUGGCAUUGAAAACAUGAAACCUUCGCCAUCGCCAUCGAAUCCAUCGCCAAUCUCGAUGCGUCUCAAUGCCACCGGUAGCAUUGGUGGCAAUCCACUGGGUGGCAGUGUUAAUAUUCCAAUCUCUCAGUCGAUGAUGAUGACAUCCAGUCAAAUCGUUGGAAACGAUCCGGCCAUAGGUCAACAGGCACAGCAAGCCGCAGCAGGCGCGCCAAGCUCCACCGACAAAAAGACUCCUUCAGUGCGUGCCAUACUCAGUCCACCAAGUUGUUCCUAUCUUAUAACAGCAGGUGAUGAUAAGCGUAUCAAAUAUUGGGACUGGGACAACCCAACACAAUCAUACUAUAUAUCGCAAGGAAAGGAGCCACCUAUGCCCUAUUCACACAAGGUCAGCUUUAUUUCACAACAAGGUACUCAAAUCAACGAGGAGAUUUGGGAUGCCAAUCCUACAUCAAACUCUGGCUAUUUGCAAUCACCAUCCAACUCUAGGCCCAAACAAAAAGUUGGAACAACCCCUACUAUUCAUCAUCAAGAGACUAUUCUGGAUCUCAAAGUAAUGGAAGUACCACAACCAAUGUUGAUAUCCGCCAGUGCUGAUGGUGUUGUAAAAAUUUGGAAAUAA